AUGUACUAUCUUGACAUCCGCUCCACCAAUCCCUUGGCCCUGGUAUCAUUGAUAUUUGCCAUGGCGGCAUCAUGUGAAGAUCUCUAUGCCUCUGAGAUUGCGUAUCUUGAGCGCCUGGGUCCUCGUUACACUGGAAACACCGCGCACAACCAACUGAUCGACCACAUAGAGUAUCAGCUAGAGGCUCUAGGUCUUAAUGUCACAACGGAUCAUUAUAGCUUCGACUACCUUAACAUGGACAAGGAAGGUCCAAAACUGACGGUCGAUGGGCAAUCUAUAGCUAUCAGCUCGACGUAUCCGUACAGUGGCUUUACCAACGGCACCAUUACAGCUAAACUCGUUCCGCUGAUCUCGGCAACCCUGAGUCCAUUCGCUGAAGGUUCAAUUGGAGUUGUGCAACUGUCGAACCCGGAGCUAUCUCAAUCAAUUCUUAUCGAUACGUGGAACAAGAGCCAGUCCUGGGGCAGCACAGCCAACCCAGUGGCUGCAACAUCGUUGAAUGCGAAGAUCCCAGGGGCGAAAGCCGGUAAUAAAGUCGACGCCCUUGUCUUCGCCUGGGACGAGAGCAUCACGGACCAGAACGCUCUAGGGCAAUAUGUGCCCUUUACUUUUGACUACAUUGGCAUCCCGGCUAUCUUCGUGUCGGGAAACUCUUCCAAGAUCAUCGUCGAUGCAGCUAUGAAAGGCCGCUCCGCCAGUCUCAAUGUCCCGGGAGGUCUCAAGCCAGGGACCCCAUCUCGAACACUGUGGGCCGUCGUCGAAGGGACGACUUGUCGAGAGGAGACUAUCAUCAUUGUUACUCAUACCGAUGGGCCCAACGUCGUUGAAGAAAAUGGAUACAUCGCAGCGCUGCAACUGGCUCGGGAUGUCGUGAGUGCCAAGCCAAGCCGUACUCACGUCUUUGUAUUUGUCACAGGACAUUUACGCAUCCCAGCUUUUACUUCGCAUGGCCAAGCCACGUCAAGAUGGCUGGAUGAUCAUCCGGAGAUGUGGGAUGGCAAGCCUCACCAUCGUAAAACUGUCGCUUCUCUCGCCCUCGAACAUUUUGGUGCCAUUCAAUAUACCGAUGACCUCAAGGCUGAUCGGUAUCAACCCACAGGUCGCGUUGAGCCAGAGCUCCUCUAUGCCAACACGGAAGAAUUAUUUGAAGUCACCGAGGCCCUCUGGCUUGGCGCAGAUCCAUCAUACACGCGAAUUUCUAAACCGUCCUUGUUUCUCCAGUUCGGCGAGGGUGCUCCGCUUACAGCUCAAAGGAUACCCAAUGUGGCUUUGGUUACUACACCUCUCUAUUUGUUGGCCGAAUGGAGGCUGGGAAACGAGGUAGCUUUGGUCGACAUGGGAGCCCUGCGGAGGCAGAUACAAAGCUUCCAGAGGUUAAGAACGAAAAUUGACGGAAUGGAAAGUGCCAGCUUUGGUGUUCCAGGGCCUUUGCUCAGUGGUUAG